AGAAGGAGAAGAAAAGAAUCCCCAAAAAUGUUGAUAAAUCCACCUUUUUCUAUUCCUUUCCCCCAAAUCAAUCUUCCAGGAACGCGCAAAACAAGUAAAAAAGGAAAAAGAAAAAUAUCGCUUCGUCUGGAUAAACAAGGAUCACGCUGAAGAAUGGUGUCCAGAUGUGAAAUCUGCUGCGAGAUUAUACUGGCGAUCCUCCUUCCCCCUCUCGGCAUUUGUCUCCGGCAUGGCUGCUGCACUGUAGAGUUCUUUAUCUGCUUAGUAUUGACGAUGCUCGGGUACGUUCCGGGAAUAAUCUAUGCUCUCUACGCAAUUCUCUUCAUCGAUCGGGAUAUGUCCCGCGGCGAGUACUAUGAGCCCCUUGCCUAGCACUGCUCCGUGGAAUUUGGCUUUCCAAUUUAAACCAAUUAUGAAUGUUUAUGCCGAUGUUCAUGUGGUUAUUGUUCCCUGAGUCUCUGGAUUUUCCUAUUUCAAUUGUUCAAGAGUUUAUUAACGCAUGCGCUUGACUUGUAAUGUUGUAGAAUUGUAAACCUUGUUUUGUCGAUAUAUCAAAAAUUUUCAAUUUUCAGUCGAAAGUUGCUGUUUUCUUAGGAGGUAUUGGCGUUGUUGAUCCUAUCCAUGUACUUAAGAAAUGCUUAUACAAUGGUGGCAUUGUUGGACUGGUCUAUUGAAUAUUGCCACAGGAUUGAUCAUCAUGAUAACAAUGGGAGUUUCGUUUUUACA